GAUAUACUUUCUAGCUGACGUGAAUUUAAUGGAAUCAUCUAAUCAGGUUUUAUCACGUUUUCUUGUAUUUUAUUGUGAUGAGUUAGUAGUUAAAGUGAUCAGCUUCCAACAAGCAAGUCUCAGGUUUGAAUCAGUGUCCAUCUACUUCGAUUUGAGAGCACUGGGACUUUCACUGCUUCUUAUAAACAGUGUGACUCAUAGUUGACUACUUAAAUCUGUACUUGAAAAAUAAUUUUGGAUUCUGUUUAUAGGUUCUAAAUUUAUUUUUUAACAUUAGUGGCUCAUUACAUAAUACUCAUAACUUUGGAUAAUCCGUUGUACGCCGCAUUGCAGGAUAAUGUCUAAUAAAGGCAAAUCGCAAGAUGAGGCUCUCAAUAAUGAAAAUUCAAAGUCAAUAAAUUCAUUCUAUCAUGAAGAGAAUUCUGUGAAAUUGGAUGGAAGUGCUCACGAUCUUUUACAAUUCCGAGAUUGUUGUGAAUCAUUACGCGAGUUCAUAAAAAAUACAUGGCAGCGUAAAAAAUCACAGGAGAAGAUUAAUGCUUCGCAGUUUGCCUUUCUGAUGAUAUCUAUCAAGGAGUUGAACAGAAGAACUCAGUUUAGGAUUCGAAAAUCUCGAGAAAUAACUGCGGAGAAUAAGAAUAAAGUGGAUCAGUUACACUUAGGUUUGCAGAAUCUUUUAUAUGAAGUCGCUCACCUUGAAAAUGAAAUUCAAACAUGUUUAGAAUUUAGGUCUCGACAUGAAGAUAUAAAAUUAAUUCCGGUAGAAGAGUUCUAUGAGAAAACUGGGCGCAAAGUUGGAAGCUUAUCAGAACAUCAGGAGACUUUGGAGCGUCUUCAUUGGGAGCUUGAACAACGAAAGGCUUUAUCUGACUCUUGUGAUAAACUAAAAAGUGCUGUUGAAUCUACUUCACAAACCAUUAAAAAAAAACGGAAUUAUUUAGCUAGUUUUGGUCCAAAGUUGAAGGAUGUUGCUGAAAGUACUUUAAUUAUCCAGGAACUAAUGGACUUACCAUUUACCAACGAGAAUGAACAGUAUAAUUUGGCGUUUCUUCUACCUUCACCACUGUACAUUCUGUAUUCUCUCUUAAAGUCAUACAUAUCUAUGUCAGGAAAAAAAUCAGAAUUUUCUGUAUCAAUCGAAGGUGAUUCGGAAUUGGCCAAAGCUGUUAAUCAAACAACAGAACAAACGGAAUCCCAGUCUUCACCACAGGAAGCUGAUGAUUCUGAUGUAGAUGAUGGAGAGGGGAAUAAAAAACGCAAGAAGAAACGUUAUGCGACAGAAUGCAUCGAUGAUACAGAUAAAGAGUUUAUCAAUGAAAAGACUAUUAAAUUCCAUCCAUUAACUGUUUCGUUAACGGUUUCUGUCCCUAAAAAUUCAGAUAUGCCAUUGAGUGAACGUGGUUUUAGCAUCAAGUUAUCAUUCGCUUGGAUGUUAGAUUUACAUCUGGUAACGGUGAGAUUACAGUUUUCAGCAGACAAAACUGCUUCACUUCCCCGAUCAAAAACUGGAAAUAGCUUGCUUAAUUCUGAACAGCUUUUGUCCAGUUUACAAUGGUCUUGUGAUCAACUUCGCUUCGGUGGUUGUAGUUCAGAUAUACCUAUUUUAUUUCUUCCUAAUUCACAAAAAUCGAUUACAUGGAAUGCAUGCGAAUUCGUCGGACGACCAUAUUCGUGGGCUCAACAACUAUCAGGCAUUAACUGCUUUCCAGAUAGGUUAUCUGAUAAUAAAUUAUGUGAACGAUCACCAAAAUCUACCGAUUCAGAACAUUUUGGGGAAAUUGAAUCUUGGUUAAAAUCUCUUCAAUCGCGAAUUAUUGACAGACUAUAUCUUAUUGAAGAGCUUUCAGAAAUUGAACGCUGCAACUUGUUGUUAUCACCCGAGCAACAACAGUUAAUCCCCUCUGAUGUUGAACUUCACAUUAUUCGGUGGAAGAAUUCUGAUUUUGAAACUUUACAGUCCGUUCCUCGUGCUCAGGUUAUGAUAGCUUUAAAUGUAAUUCGUUCUGAAGACUCAGUAUUCCAGUGUCACAUUGGAAGAGAUGAAAACUAUUUUGUCACUGUAUGGGUCUGUAUCCCACCUCAGUAUCCACAUAAAGCACCAUUACUAAUUAUGGACGGUCUAAUCAAUUUUGUCAGUCCCAGUGGUACACAUAAUACGGAGGAUGUUGUCACUGACUUAUCUGAUCUUCAUAUACAGGAAUUAGAAACUGAAGUCAACUGUUAUUGGCAAGAAUUUUUCACUUCAUCUAUAAAUCAAAAUAAUAGUCAUACGGUUGUAAACUAUGUUGGUAAUACUAAUGAUAUUACUUCUAAUAAUAUUAUAAAUUCCGAUAAGUCGUUUUAUAAUGGUAAUCAGUGUGUCGGAUUAAGUAAAUGGAAUCGAAAUAUAUUAUCUUGUCAGUUAGCUAGAUGUGCUGCUUGUAUCGAUGCAUUAUGUCGUGAUCAAAUAAUUUGGAAAAAUUUGUUGAAAUCAACAAACAGUUCAUGUGUUCGUUCUGUUAGGUAUCCAACAAGAAGUCGUCCUCUUCGUUACUUACCUUCACCGGGUGCAUUUGUUCAUCGUUAA